AUGGCAUUGGUUGUAAUCUGCGGUCAACCUUGUAGUGGAAAGUCAAAAUCUGCAGCCUGCCUAGCUGAAGCUCUUCAAGAAACUGAUCCUAAGCCAUCAGUUAGAAUCAUCAAUGAAUCUUCUUUUCAUCUUGAUCGUAACCAAAGCUAUGCUGACAUGAUAGCCGAAAAGAAUUUAAGGGGGGUACUGAGAUCAGAAGUUGAUAGAUCUUUGUCAAGAGAUGACAUUAUCAUAGUGGAUUCUUUAAACAGCAUAAAGGGUUACAGGUACGAGCUAUGGUGUUUGGCUCGUGCAGCUGGAAUUAGAUAUUGUGUUGUUCAUUGUGAUGUUGACGAGGCCUACUGUCGAAAAUGGAACGAAGAACGUAGGGAAAAAUUGGAGUCUGCUUAUGAUGAUAAGAUAAUUGAAGAUCUUUUAAGGAGGUUUGAGAGGCCAGACAGCAGAAAUCGUUGGGAUUCUCCAUUGUUUGAGUUAUGGCCAUCAAGAGAUGGGAUUGAAAAAUCCUCUGCUGCAAUAGUGGAUGCUAUCAUGUACCUGACGAAAAAGGUUGACUCGAAAACAAGAGACAUAAAAGUUUUACAACCAACACUUGCAACACAAAACGCAAGGAUUACUGAGGCAUCUUCUCUUUAUGAGAUGGACAGAGCAACACAAGAGGUAACCAAUAUGAUAGUAGAAGCUCAAUCGCAGGCUAUGGGAGGCCCACUCAGUGGUGUGUCUCUUGGACCUGGAUUACCAACUAUUGAUAUUUCAAGGCCUGUUGGUUUACCUGAGCUACGUAGGCUAAGACGAACCUUUAUAAAAUUAACUGGGCAAUCAAGCUUAAGUGGCCCACCGCCACCUUCAGAUGCUGAUAGUGCAAAGAGGAUGUUUGUUGAUUACUUGAACAGGGAAUUAGGAACCGGUUAA